AUGUACGACAGAUUAUCGACUAACAUUCAAACACCAAUAGGAAUAACAGAGUCUUUCCCAAUCAAGGUAGGAUUACACCAGGGAUCGGCAUUUAGCCCUUUUAUUUUUACGGUCAUUAUAAAAGAGAUUUCUAAAUCGAUCUGGGAGACUGUAUCGUGGUGCAUGUUAUUUGCUGACGAUAUCAUGUUGGUAGCAAAAACUAAGGAGGAAGUUAAUAAUAAAUUGGAAGAGUGGAGGGCAGUUUUAGAAGUUAGAGGAUUGCGCAUAAGUCGUUUGAAGACAAAAUAUUUGCGAUGUGACUUUAGUGGGACAUCACAGAUAGAGGAGCCAGAGGUGACCAUUGCUCAAGAAGUAGUUGCAAGUAAAACCAAGUUUAGGUAUUUGGGAUCGAUUAUUCAGAGUAAUAGGGAGGUUGAUGGAGAUGUUACUCAUCGUAUACAAGCAGGUUGGCUCAAGUGGCGAACAGCCACUAGGGUACUAUGUGAUAGGAAGUUUUCAAGUAGGUUAAGAGGUGAAUAUUAUCGAAUUGCAAUAAGGCCUGCUUUGCUGUAUGGGACAGAAUGUUGGCCCAGAAAGACUUUUGACGCCCCCAUGAGGAGGAUUGAAAGUAUCAUUAUGGAGGGUAAGAGAAGUCGAGGAAGACUGAGGAGUUUGUGUGAGGAACAAAUAAAAAAUGACUUGUAUGAUCUACACCUCUCUGCGGACUUGACCAAGGAUAGGACUACAGGAGUAGUUGGAGGCGCCUUAUCCAUGUCUUAG